UCAGAUUCUUCCUCUCAACUGAAAGCAGUCUCUUUUCUUUCAGGGUUGAUCGAUUCCCUAUUGCAGUUUCUGCUAUGGACUUAGAGAGCUUUAGGGUAGGUCUUACCCCAACAGUCUUCUACAUUCCUGGUUUCAUCACUGACCAAGAGGAAGCUCAGCUCCUCAAUCAUAUAUAUGGAGCAUCUGGUUCCAAGUGGAAGACGUUAAAGAACAGAAGAUUACAGAACUGGGGUGGUAUGGUCCAUGAAAAGGGUCUUGUUCCACAAGAGUUGCCUUCUUGGCUGACAAAGAUUACCGAGAAAAUUAAUGAAAGCUCUGGUCUUUUCCCUUCUGCUAUAAAUCAUGUCCUCAUCAAUGAAUACCAUCCUGACCAAGGGAUAAUGCCGCACCAAGAUGGACCAGCUUAUUUUCCUGUUGUAGCUAUCCUAUCUCUAGGCUCACCUGUCGUUAUGGACUUCAGUCCGCAUUUGAGAUUAAUAUCAGGCGAUGACGACAAUUCCAGAGAUCAAAGUGGAGAGAGUGGUGUGUCUGAGAGAGAUAAUCAAAACUCAUUCUCUGUUUUGAUGAUGCCUCGAAGCCUACUAAUCUUCAAAGAUGAAGCUUACUCAGAUUACCUCCACGGCAUUAGCGAUAGUCCAACACAUUGCUACAAACAGGUCGUGAAUGAAGCUGAAGCUUUGGCUUGCUCCAGUGGAGAUUCAAGAACAGACGGUGACAACAAGAUUCUUCACAGAGACCAAACUCGCGUGUCACUUACCUGCCGUUUAGUCCCCAAAGUCCAUAAAAAUCUUUUCAGGUUUUAGAGAAAACAUAACAAUAAUGUAGUUUCCCUUCUGACAUUGUGGUUGUCUUGCCGUUUUGACUGGGGAAACCGGCAGGAUUUGUAAACAUGGGAACUGAAAACGGUACGAUUUGUGUGUUUGUGAAGAGGUAGGAUUAACUAUGAGCCCUACAUUUUUUUUUUCUU